UUCCUCCCCCCCUCCAGUCCAAAUCCAGAAGCUUCUCUCUACCUUCCAUUUCCUACUCCGAUCGUCUCUGCGGGACUUCUUUUCUGGCUUCCCAUCGAUCAGUGAGGUCGGCGCCAUGUACGAGCUCCACUCGGCGGCCACUGACGAUGCGAGGAAACCGACGGCCGUCAGGGCGAUGGAGGCCCUUGGCUGCGGCUUCGAUUUCGCCAGUGACUUCCGGUUGAAGUUCGUUAAGAGGUGCCCCGCCGGAGGAAGAUUGGUUAUUCUCGACGAGACGAAUCGGCGGGACCUUGUCGUGCCCGGCGGAGGUGCGAUCAUCCCCGAUGUAUCCGAGAAUAUUCGCUGUGAUAAGGGGGACCACGUGCGGUUCAAGUCGGACGUUCUAGAGUUUAAUCAGAUGUCAGAAUUGCUUAAUCAGAAAUCAUCAGUGCAGGCAAAAGUCCCAUCGGGCUAUCUAAAUGCAAUUUUUGACUUGAGUGGAUCAUGGCUGAAUGAUGCUUCGGAUGCCAAAUAUCUUGGCUUUGAUGGUUAUUUUGUGUCAUUAUAUUAUUUGCACUUGACCACAGCUCCACUACUACUUCAAGACCAAGUGAAAAAUGAUGUUCCACCGCAUUGGGACCCAUCAUUGUUAUCUAGAUUCAUUCAGACUUAUGGGACACACAUAAUUGUGGGGAUGGGCAUUGGAGGCCAGGAUUUACUCUGUGUUAAACAGAAACCAUCUUCAUCUAUUCCACCUGCUGAACUCAAAGGAUAUUUGGAUGAUCUUGGUGAUUGUCUAUUCUCUGAUGGAACAAGUUCUCUGCCAGAGACAAGUAGAAGAGAUGGUAAAAUAAAGGUACCUGAGGUAUUUAGCCGCAUGUUGCAGUCACAUACAAUGCAAUUCACUAGCAUCACUGAAACAUCUAGCAAAGAUGGUCUCACAAUUAUAUGGUCAAAACGAGGAGGUGAUGUAUUUGCUCAAAGCCAUUUGAAAUGGCUCCAGACCCUGGCUGCUAACCCAGAAGGAAUUCUCUUCAAACUUGUCCCAAUUACUUCUCUGCUUGCUGGAAUUCCUGGGAGCGGAUACCUCAGUCAUGCAAUAAACUUGUACCUUCGUUGUAAGCCUUACAAAGUAUUCUACAUUUCUUUGAAUUUACACACUCAUGCCUUUUUUUAUAUGUUGUCUGCUCUGCUCUAGUUUUCACACACUAUUUUUCCAAUCAAAUACCUGCCACAUGCUAUUGCUUGAUUAUCAAGAACAUUGGCCAACUAAUGUUGAGUCUGAUGUCUCUUAACUAAUGACCAACCAUACUUGAAUACACAUUUAGGGCCCUUUUGGUGAGUGCAACAGGGUUAAGAUGAUAUGAGUUCUGGAAUACAACAUUACCCCAGUGCCUCAAAGGUUCCCGCCCAUUGCGGGGUAAGGGGGGGGGGGGUCGGAUGUAUGCAGCCUGACCCCUAUGUUGUUAUAUAUAACCUAGAGCGGCUGUUUCCAGAUGACCCAUGGUGAGCGUCGAAAGUUGCAUUGACUAACUAUCACUCCACUAUCAAAAGAAGCACAAAUAGUUCAAGAGUCAUUUUGCUUUAUUCAUCUUACUCCAAAGCCAAAUAAUAGUGAAUAUUUGGCUCCACCAGAGAAGAUGGAAGAAUAUGAGUUCUGAAAUAUGGAUGAAAAAAUAUGAGUCUGGAAAUCUUAAAAGAAAGUGUUUGGAGAGAUCUUAAAUCUGAUGUGGUUGUUAGUGACAGGCAGGGGGUGGCCAGGGUAGCCAGCAGGCAGUAGGUAGCCCUGGAGGCAGGUGGCUGAUGACAGUGGGUGGCCGGCAGCAGGUGGCUAUCUGUAUCUGUGGUGGCUGGCCGUUGAGGGAUAUCAAAACCCCGGAUUGAUAUCUCCUAAUAUCGCGAGAUAUCAAAACCCCUCAUUUGAGAGGGUUGUGACAUUGAAAGAUAUCAAAUCAGAACCCCUUUUAGGCUUCACCAAACACCAUGCAAGGUUGAUAUAUACCCAUAUCUCCUGCCCUCACCAAAUGGGCCCUUAGUGGUUAACAUUGGUCUAUGCUAUCACAAAGUGAUUCAAGAUCGCCCCCAGGGCAUAGCUAGCGGCGAACACCCAGAGUGGUGUUACACCUGCCAAGCUGACAGUCUGCGGAGUGGGGAGUUCGAUUCCCAGGAAAGGCUGUGGAAUUGGCUCCCUCGUAGGUGAGAUCAGUGCGCAAACUCUGGGACCAGACCUGACGGUCUAAAAAAUCCCGCAAUUUUCCUCCCCUACCAUCCCCGAGGGCACGGGCACUGGGGACCCGUGGGGUGGGGGUUCCACCCCCAAAAAGUGAUUGAGGAUCAGAAAAAGGCUACAGUCCCGGCUGGUCCAGACUAGGACUGUGUCUGCCCUAGGCUCAUGCUUUAUGAUGCUUUAU